AUGUCCAGAAUACGCUCCCCCGCCGAAAACCCUGAAGAACUAAUAUUAUCAUGCCCAACAAUCAAAGCAGACGUCUAUACCACCGGCCGUGGCGGCUCCGGAAACAUGGUCUCCAAUGACGACCCGGAAGCUACAAGAGCGAGACAGGAUGUUGAUGUCCCCCCGUCUGUCACCGCUGGGACGGCCGAUGAAGGCCGCUUUCACACUGGACGAGGCGGCGCAGCCAAUGUUUACACCCGCUCUCCUGGCGAUAUCGUCAACUCCGAAGACGAUCCCGACACACACGCUCUCGUUGAAAAAACCAAGAGCCAUGCCGGCAGCUUCCAGCACAAUAAUACAGGCAGCAGCCCCGAGCGCAAAGAAACGAAUAGCCAAGAUGAUAUGCCACAAAAACCCGGAAUUGCCCACUACUUCAUGCCCGGGAACCUCCAACAACGCCGUUCUCGUUCGGGGAGUAAACAGCAUGACCCGAGCUGA